AUGAACUCUCAUAUUGCUCUCCUUUUUUCUAAUCUUGUUAUAUUUCUGAUUUUCGCCACUAUUUCUGCUUUUGAUGGUGGUAACGAGACCGAUUAUCAGGCUUUAUUGAAGUUCAAGUCAAUGAUCACAAACGAAGGUCUAAGCUCAUGGAAUGCUUCCUAUCAUUUCUGUGAUUGGGGUGGUGUUUCAUGUGCGAAGCAGAAUAAAAGAGUGACUACUCUUCCCUUAGUCACAAUGCUCCCUUAUCUUGUGUACCUUCAGUUAUGGGGUAACCAACUUAGUGGACCUCUUCCACCCUCGAUAUCUAAUUGUUCCAAAUUAGAACAUCUUGAAGUGACUGCCAACUAUUUUAGUGGGAAGUUGAUCGACUUUGCAAAACUGAAGGAUAUCUAUCAAAUAUCCUUAGGUGUUAACACCUUUGGAUUCGGAGAAACUGAUGAUAUGAAGUUUAUUGAUACCUUGAAAAAUUGCAGCAGACUAGAUGUGUUGCUUCUUGAUGAUUGCAGGUUUCAAGGAGCGUUGCCCACAUCAAUUGGUAAUCUUUCUGACCAACUCAGCUUUCUACAUUUAGGACGAAAUCAUUUCUCUGGAAGCCUCCCUUCAAGUAUAGGUAAUCUAGUUGGCUUGACCAAAUUAGUUUUGGGAGAAAACCGAUUUACUGGAAUAAUCCCCUCCACCAUUGGUAAGCUUCAAAAUCUACAAGAAGCUUAUCUAUACGAUAACCUGUUUUCAGGGCCAAUUCCAGAUACCAUCGGGAACUUAUCAUCACUGACUAAACUUUGGUUGAAUUCUAACAAGUUGGAAUGGCAUAUCCCAUCACUCCUGGGAAAUUGUCAUAAUCUAUCGAUGUUGUACCUUGAUCACAAUGAAUUCAGUGGCCCAAUACCUAAACAACUUCUUCAAAUUCCAGCUCUAACCAUAGCAUUAAAUCUUUCUCAAAACAACCUGUUUGGGUCACUCCCAAUAGAGGUCGGCGAACUCAAGAUGUUGAGUUCUCUGGAUUUAUCUCAUAAUAAUUUAUCAGGUAACAUUCCUAGUAGCCUUGGUGGUUGCACUAGCCUUGUAUUCUUAAACCUGAGAGGCAACUUAUUUCAAGGCAUGGUACCAUCUUCAUUAAGUUCCAUGAGAGGAGUUUCAAUGCUCGAUCUCUCUCACAAUAAUUUAUCGGGAAAAAUUCCUCAAUUCUUGGAACAGUUGACCUUAUUAGAAUAUGUAGACCUAUCCUUUAAUGAUUUUGAGGGUGAAGUACCGGUGACAGGAGUGUUUGCCAAUGCAAGUGCAUUCUCUGUUUUGGGAAAUAGGAGGCUUUGUGGUGGCUUGCCUGAACUUGGGCUGCCCAAAUGCAAUGAGACUCGUGAUAAACAUAAAAAAAGGUUUCCUUUGUUCGCCAUAUUCAUUCUGAUUGCAUCCACACUUUUCACCAUAUUAUGUUUUGCAUAUGUUUGGUGUAAGAAAAGGAAGAGUCAACCAUCUCAAUCAUCGAGGGACGAACAGUUCAUGAAAGUAUCAUAUGCUCAAAUUCUAAAGGCUACCAACGGCUUCUCCCAAGCCAAUUUGAUUGGUGAGGGUGGGUUUGGCUCUGUUUAUAAAGGAGUCCUUGAUGAUACAACUGUUGCAGUCAAAGUUAUACAUCUACAAAACCGAGGUGCCCACAGAAGCUUUAUAGCGGAGUGUGAAGCAUGGCGGAACAUUCGACACCGGAAUCUGUUGAAAAUAAUAACUUCAUGUUCAAGUCUUGACUUUCAAGGCAAUGAUUUUAAAGCUUUGGUAUAUGAGUUCAUGCCCAAUGGGAGCUUACAUGAUUGGUUGCAUUCAAGUGCAAAUACAUCCAGACUGAAUCUUUUCCAGAGAAUAAAGAUUCUCAUUGAUGUCGCAUCCGCACUUGAUUAUCUUCACAAUCACUGCCUACCAACCAUGGUUCACUGUGACGUGAAGCCUAGCAAUAUUCUACUCGAUGAUGAUAUGGUGGCCCAUGUUGGAGACUUUGGUUUAGCUCAAUUUCUUGGAGCAAAUUCAAACCAAAACAGCACAAGUGGCAUUAGAGGAACGAUUGGAUAUGCACCUCUAGAGUAUGGUGUUGGGAGUGAGAUGACAAGCAGUGGGGAUGUCUACAAUUUUGGAAUACUCUUGUUGGAGGUGAUGACAGGGAAGAGGCCAACGGACAACAUCUUUAAUGAAGGCCUCAGCCUUCAUAAAUUUGCAUACAUGGCCUUGCCAGACCAUGUAACCGAUGUUAUUGAUGAUGAUCUUCUGAAAUUUCUUCAAGAGGAUGCUAUUCCUAUGAUAGCAGAUGUAAAGAAAAUAGAGGAAUGCAUGGCUUUAACUGUCAAACUUGGAGUAUCAUGCUCUGUGGAUUCCCCAACGCAACGGAUGAAUAUCGUAAAUGUUGUCCAUGAGUUGCAGCAUAUUCUGGAUACACUUCAAAAUAGUUGA